AUGGUCGAGGAAUUUCUGCUUUUGGAAAUGGACUCGAACUCAUGGAUCCAACUCACACCUCGACGAAGGACGUACUUCGGAAACCAACGGCAGGGGUCCUCCACCUCCGCUACCUUGACUACCGCGACGUGGGUGCGACGACCCUUCGAGGACGACGACGACUUACAGCCCCCAGAAGGGAAGAUAUACCUGUCCGACUUCCAGGUGGAGAAGUUCACUUACUACUUUACUGAUGUCUUCGACCACAAUAAGGAUCGCGUCAUAACCAUCGAGGACAUCCACGCCCUUAACGAGAGGAUGCGCCAUUAUGCGGGAUGGUCGGAGGACAACGAGUAUUACCUCACUAUGAAGGAGAUCCACGCUGACUUCUUCGAGUGUCUCUUGGAACACGUAGGCAAGAUCGAGCCUGACAACGUACGGCGCCAUUAUGCGGGAUGGUCGGAGGACAACGAGUAUUACCUCACUAUGAAGGAGAUCCACGCUGACUUCUUCGAGUGUCUCUUGGAACACGUAGGCAAGAUCGAGCCUGAGUACGGCUUCGAGUUUGACGUAGACCGAAUCCCAGACCGAGUCCAAAUGUACCAAUGGCUCAACAUGUGGGGGAACCUCACUCACGGAGCCAGAGCCAUGGUCGACUUCCCUAUCUGGCUCCAAAUCCUUCCCAAGAUCCUCUUCAAGGUCAUCAAUAGGACAGACGAUGGCAUUGUGUCUUACGAGGAGCUGCGGUGUUUCUAUGCCCUCUUUAUCAAGCUCCCAGAAGACCAGGUGGACAACAUUACCGAAGAAGCCUAUCGGGCCCUCACCUCGAGUGGCGACUUCCCUCUAACUGAACGAGUGUAUCUGAUGGCUUUUGCAAACUUCCUUUUGGGCAAGACUCCACACGGGCCUGGAAAAUACAUCUUCGGAGGCUUCAAGGACAGUGAAGUCGGGCUCUUCCAGGUGGACUACUCUUGUCUUCUAGAACCAAAGGAGGACUAGAUCUCCAGCUUUAUUUCAUGGAAUACUCGAGGAGUGAUUGGCCCUUCUUGUCCUAAACUUCCUUGUAAAUUUGAUAAUUUUUCUACGUUACUUAUGUCUAAACAACUAAGAUUAAAUAUAAUUAAGAAACUUCCUUAAACGUUUGAUAGAUGGACAUUGGACUUUACAUCUGAACUUGUCUUCUUCUUCGCCUGAUACAGCCAACUAACAUACCAUCACCAUGUUAUAUCCCGCUGAAGUACGGUUGUUCUCAUCUCUUUCUUCUUAAAGUAGAUUCGUGUUAAUGAUUUUAUUCUAACUUGGAAUACACAAUUUCACAGCUGAUGUAAGUCUUAACAUCAGGUUCUGCUGCCCUGAAUAUGGAAGCAUUAUGACUGGUGUGAUCUUAAAACAUAAUUCCGAGAAACUGCAACUUUUGUCUAGUGGAGCACUCGGGGGACUCAAUAUAUUUUAGUAACCCUUGAAUAAGACAAUGUAAAAAGAAAUAACUAUAUCAAGGUAUUGAAUAAUUUGUUUUAUUAGUAUUUACUUGUAAUACAAAGCUUUAUGAAGUGCUUGAAUCGCAUAUUUCAAAACUUUCAGAAAUUCAAGUGUAAAAGUUUGGGUUUAUCUGUCUUGAAAAAUUUUCAAUCGAGAAAACAUGAUAAUUGAUGAAAAAUAAUUAGCAGUUCUUGGGAAAAACAACAACAGAAAAACACAAGUGUAGGUUAUUCAUGUGUUUCAGAAUCAAGAUUUGGAAAACUCUGUGACGUGUAUCCUGAAGCAUUUUUACACUAUGAAACGAAAAGCGAGUGCUAGAGUUAUAUAUUUGUGUCAUGAUAGAUUUGGAAACUCUCUAUAGCACACAUUGUGAUUCUUGGUGCAGGAAGUGUGUGAAACAUGUACUCAUUGUUCAGAUACAAAAUACAUGUUAUUGUAGAUUUGGAAGAUUAAGUAAAGAGUGUGUUUGUGAGGUAAGAGAACACCCUCUGUCACUUAAAAGAAAAAAAAUCAUAGAACGACUUUAAGAAAUAUUGUGUGCAAAAACCACUAAAUGUACCAACCCUUAAUGAUUUAUUGAAGACUUAUUGAAUCUGUAGCCCAGUGUACUUCCUACGUUGUCUGCCGCCGUUGGGUUGUUUAAGAGAUAUUUGAUUGAAAAGAAAAACAAACACACAUCCACUCACUUGGUGAUCAUUAUGCACCAUCUUAUUGUUUCCUUCAUUAGACUUUAAGAAGAAUUAGAGCCUUGUCAGUCAGCUUUAUUACUUAUAACGGCGCCGUGCUUAUACCUGGAUCUGCUGUGUGACACAAUGGCCAUUUAUUUACCUACGGUCUCUCUUCCCGCUUUAUUAAGGCCUUUCCCUAAGCACACUCGCCUAUCAUUCAGCCAAAUAUAUAUACCCUGUCACUGUUUUGAGAUUGUCACACAGUAAUGAAUACUAUCCAUUCACAGAAAAUAAAUUCCAUGUUUUGCUUAACAACUGUCAAUAGCUUAUCAACAAAACAGUGUCUGGUUAUCAACGGAUGUGUCCUGUUGAAAUUUCUGUUGUACAUCUUGUUGUGUCUUGACACUACGGCUGUACUUUAAGCUCACAGCAUAGAUGGUUUAUGUUAGCAUAAAACAAUAUUUUCGCUCAGUCGUGGUGUCUGGCCUAAGAAAGGAACCUUAACGAAAUAGAGGCUGAGCAACUCUGAGAGGACACGACCUUGAGAGGAAGAGAAGUGAAACAGAAGGAAAUUUUGGCCUGAGAGAAGACAAGGUAAGGUAACAGCGAAGAGAGAAGAGAGCUGUGUUACAGCUAAUUGUUGGAAUCAUUCUUAUUAUCUGAUGACGUAAAACACACGAAGUAACCCCGGGAGAAGGACUGUCGUGAAGACACUGGUCACUAAGUGUCAAACUCACAUAUUUACGGUCAAACCGUACAGUACAUUAACUGUGUGUGAGCCUCACCACUGCAAGAUGUCAAUAACAGGUGGGUUGAAAGGUGUUAGUUCAGAAUAUAGUUCUUCUGCUGCCUCACUUCCACAUGUAUAGUAUAUUACGCGACCUUCAAGACGUACAGCUUUUAAAGUGCAUGAGAGAUCCUUUCAACCACAGCUCAUGUCUUGAUCGUUCACGAGCGUCAUCUUAUUUUGUUGCCUAAGAGACGGACAUACUCUGUGUGUGUGUGUGUGUGUGUGUGUGUGUGUGUGUGUGUGUGUGUGUGUGUGUGUGUGUGUGCUACUGCUAACAUGUGUGAGGUUGCUCUCUGAAUAUCGCCAGUGAUCAACUUUAAGGGUUUAGCUUUAACCUCCCGCCAUAAAGUGCUGCCUGUCUUAGUGUUAUUGUCGUAAGGCUGCUCUUUCUUCGUGUCCGUACUGAUAAGCUCGGAUAAUUAUCACUGAGCGUUGCAAGGAUAAACGCUGACAAUCCUUAGUAUAAAUGGCCAAUAGACUUCUUAAGAAGCUUUUUACUGACAAUUUAAGGAAAAUCAGCUGAUCAAUGUAAGAGAGAAAGACGUUCAACAGAUUAGCUGAGACGACACCUUUAACCAAUCAGCGGAGGCGACAUAUGUAAAGUAACUCAGCUAAUUAUUGGCAGCUUCUCUCAGUAGAGGUUAAACAAAGGGCUAGGAGGUAAUGUGAGAGUUCUGAGAUAUCACCUCUGUUCUGGUAGUGAUGGGGAAAUGAAACGGACAGAGAGAGAGAGAAAGAGAGACAAGCGAGAGAGAAAAAAGAGAGGCAAGAGAGAGAGA